GUACUAUAUAUAUAAUUCCAAUUCUAUGCAAAAAUAAACCAAACUUAUAAUACUCUCUAAUGGCUUUGAUCUCAAGCUUGUGCAUCUUUUUUUUGGUUGCACAUUUUACCACCCCAAUUGUGUGCCAUAAGAGAUCUCAUCAAGCUGCCCUUUUCGUGUUCGGUGAUUCACUUUUCGAUGCUGGAAAUAAUAACUAUAUCAACACCACUGCUAGCUUCCAAGCAAAUUAUUUCCCUUAUGGAGAAUCAUUUUUCAAGUACCCGACUGGCAGGAACUCCAAUGGACGCCUCAUUCCUGAUUUUAUAGCUGAAUAUGCUAAUUUGCCAUUUAUUCCGCCGUAUUUUGAAAUUCGGAACAAGCAUUUGGUACAUGGAGUAAACUUUGCAUCAGGUGGUUCUGGUUGUUUGGCUGAAACCGCUCGUGGCGCUGUUAUGGAUCUUAAAACUCAGUUGAAAUUAUUCCAAAACGUGACACAAUUGUUGAGGAACGAAGUGGGUGAAACAGAGUCAAAAGAGAUCCUCUCCAAUGCUGUAUAUAUUUUUAGCACUGGUAGCAAUGAUAUAUUCUCCGCUCUAUUUGCAAAUUCAUCUUUCCCACAUUCCGAUACAGAAUAUGUACAGAUGAUUAUGGGCAACUUGACUUCUGUUUUAAAGGGAAUUUAUAAGGAAGGAGGGAGAAAGUUUGUGAUGCUUAAUGUGGGCCCCAUAGGUUGUAUUCCUACUAUUAAGGCUUUCAACUUUCAAAUGGGAGUUACAAAUGGAAGUUGCAUGGAGGAGAUCACAAACAUGACCAAAAUGUUUAAUUCAGCUCUCCCACAAAUGUUCAAAAAACUAGAGAAGCAAUUGCGUGGAUUUAAGUACACAAUAUUCAACUUCUUCAAAGUAUUUGGAGAUAGCAUUGAUAAUCCAACUAAAUAUGGUUUUAAGAUAUCAGAGACGGCUUGUUGUGGAACUGGUCCGUUUCGAGGGAUUCUUAGUUGUGGAGAGAAGAGGCAGGUAAAAGAGUAUGAGUUAUGUAAGAAUGUGAAAGAUUACUUGUUUUUCGACGCUGUUCAUCCCACUGAACUGGCCUACCAACAAUUCGCUGCAUUACUGUGGAAUGGAACUACAGAUGUCGUAGCACCUCACAACCUAAAAUCCUUUUUUGAAAGUUCGAACUCCAGAUGUCCUAGCAGCUUACAAUUCCUACUAUAUAUGAAGAAUAAACAACAAUGUGAAAUAUGAUGUUAAGGAGCUUCAUCUCUAGUAAUUUUUCUCUGUUCUUGUAGAUGAUACUUCGAUUUGAUGAGAUGACUUCAUAACUAAGUCGUCAUGAUUGAACGAAGUCGAGAAAUAGAUAAAAUCAUGGAAUGUAUCAGUCAUAUAAAUAUUCUUUGAUUUGGGAAGAAAGUCAUUGAGAUUUACAAAACAUCCCAUCUUUGUAAGUUUUUAAAUAUUGUUGGAUAUGGUAAGUUACUAAAUAUUA